AUGGAAACCAAUGAUCUGAUUUCAAUUGCUGAUGUCCUUAAAACCGUGAUGUCGGACAACAGCGGCACAGUAGUAUCCAGGGCGUCUACACCUCGCCCAGUUAACGACGCACCAGUGAGCACACCCCUGAGGUCCAGACAUGACCAGUUUCUCGCCAGCUCUGCAGAAAGAGCUCAACAACGUCCUUCAUCAAGUGGUAGGAAUCCAAGUGGGAACUUUGAGUCACCACCUUUACCGUACCACCGGCAAAUAACUACGGGAUCUUUAUUAACAUCAUCCCAUCGGGAGUCGUCAGCAUUCGUUCCUGUUGUCCCGACUCGUACUAUGCACCCAGUGAUUUAUCCUAACGAAAUGCACCCAGCCCUAAUUCCUCCAGAGAUUAUUGAGCGAGACAGAAUGAUGGACAGAGACAGGGCUGAACCUGCAAAAGGUUCACCUGAUAGAGCCUCCGCAAACUUUCCUAAGAGAAACUCUUUUGAUUUAAUGGCUAUGAUGGUUGAAAAGAGAAAGGAAGUCGCAUUGAGAGAAGCUGCAGCAGCUAUGUUAAUGCCUCAUCAUAGAACGUCUUCUAUUGAAGGUAUGAUGUCAGAUGGAUCCUCACAACCUCCAAUAUACGGCCCACCUGGACCUUUCUUAGGUGCACCAGGGCCAUCACCAACAGCAGCAGGUAGUUUUACAUUUCCCGGAGCUGGACUAUUUCCACCGGGUGCUGGGCCACACCAAAUGCAUCCACACUUAGACAGACGGCUUCUAAGAGCACCAGGAAGAGCUUCUAGGCCGAAGAAACAAUUUAUAUGUAAAUUCUGCAACCGGCAAUUCACCAAGUCGUACAACCUGCUAAUACAUGAAAGAACUCACACCGACGAGCGGCCAUACUCCUGUGACAUUUGCGGCAAAGCUUUCAGAAGACAAGACCACUUGAGAGACCACAGGUACAUUCAUUCAAAGGAGAAGCCGUUCAAAUGCACAGAAUGUGGAAAGGGGUUCUGUCAAUCGAGGACUUUAGCAGUGCAUAAGAUCCUUCAUAUGGAAGAGUCUCCACACAAGUGUCCAGUUUGCAGUCGAAGUUUUAAUCAACGGUCUAACCUUAAGACACAUCUACUAACUCACACAGACCACAAACCUUACGAAUGCAACUCUUGUGGGAAAGUAUUCAGAAGAAACUGCGAUUUACGGAGACACGCAUUAACACAUGCUGUAGGAGAUGUUCCACCUGGCGAUGUUUUAGAUGUGGGUGAGGAAGAUAUUGGUAGACCCGGUUCGCCAGUUGAACCAGGGUUCGACGACGAAGAUCCUGAACUAUCUUCUCCCGAACAUUCACCUGUUAGGCGGGCACGUUCAUCUUCUAUUGAGAGUAUCGGACGAGAACAAAGCGAAGAGAGACCACGACGGGCCUCACCGUCUCCAGUAGAACGUACUCAUUGCCAUCAUAAUGAUCAGAGAGACAGAGCUAGCCCGUACACAAUGCGUCCACAACAUCAGGACAAACAUCGAAUGCCAUCCUCAGACCCAUACGAAAAACGGCGCUUCACUUCGGAAGAAAUAAUUGAGAAAGAAAUGCGCUACUCAGAUAUUCCAGAACCACCAAUGAGACACCCUCAGUUGCAAAUAAGACGAGAUUUACACCAAGUGAUACCACCGGAUCCCACAAAAAUUAAUCAAAUAGUUAGCCCACCUGUUGAUCCAGGUCCAUCCAGUAUGUAUCUGAGUCCAUUUCGAAAGAGAAGUCACCAGCCAGAUAUUGGAGAAAACGUAAGAACCUGCGCAGCAAUUUACAGGGGUCGGUCUCCUGAACCAACAAACUUGACCAUGCCACGACAACCUAUAGCGAAUACAGAUGUUGUAGUAGGAAUUCCACCAUCUAUCAUGGGUAUGCCGUCGUACCAUAAGUUUGGACUUCCUAUGCCACCACCUCAUCCUCAAAUGGCAUUCGGUCCAGUAUCUCAUACGAUUCUGGGUCCACAGCAAACCGUGGCCCAAGAUUUAAUAGUGAAACACGCACCGCCGAAAGAUUCUACGCCGAGUACUUCAACAACUGUUACUAAAUGCAACGAUGGCCAGAAAGAUCUUGAAGAAGCUAGUUCAAGCUUUAUAACAAGUGGAAUAAAGAAUAUAGUAGGUAUACAACCGCCAGCUAAUCCGAAGCCCGGUACACGUCCUUCCACUGGACCGAAGAAAGGCUUUAGUAUAGAAGACAUUAUGAGACGUUGA